AUGGAUGUCGUCUACACUUCGGACAGCUGCGAUAGCGACUCGCGCGAACAGAAAACCGUCGAUCUGGGCCAUUCGAACAAGCGGCAUCUCGACGACGAUCUGUUGCGCGUUUCGAAGUCGAAGAAGCUGGCCGAAGAUAUCGAAACGGUGCUGCUCAAUCACAACAAGCUGAUAAGGGUGCCGCUGUCGCUUGGCGACUUUACCAAUUUGAAGGUGCUGGAUCUGAGCAAUAACCGCCUGGAAGAGCUACCCGAGGUGAUCACGCAAUGCCAGCUGACGACGCUGAUCGUGAAGAACAAUUUGCUGACGGAUAAGUCGCUGCCAAAAUCGUUGCUAGCAGCUGUCGGGAGCGGUCUUAAGGAGCUCAAUUUGAGUGGUAACCGUUUCGCACACUUUCCCGAACAAGUGAUUGAGCUGCGGUCUCUGAAAUAUCUUUACUUAGGCGGCAAUCAGAUCACGAACGUUUCAAAGGACAUAUGGAAGCUGCAAAACCUGCAGCUGCUUUCACUCGGCGGAAACUUGAUUUCCGAGAUACCGGAGACUGUUGGACUGCUCAAUCAUCUGCACGCACUCGUCCUGUGUGAUAAUCUGUUAGAGAUGCUCCCUGCGUCCAUAGCGCGGCUGGUGAAUCUAAAGUCGCUACUGUUGCACAAAAAUCGUUUAAGACAUCUUCCGCGGGAGAUUAUAACGUUGCGAAACUUAACUGAGUUGAGUCUGCGCGACAACCCAUUGGUCGUGCGCUUUGUAAAGGAUAUGACAUUGAAUCCGCCAAGUUUGCUGGAGCUCGCUGGACGUACUGUGAAAACCUGUGCCAUUCGAUAUGGAGCGGAUGAUUUACCGCGUACCUUGAUCGAGUACCUUCAGACGGCAAACUGCUGCGUCAACCCAAAUUGCAAAGGAGUAUUUUUCGACAAUCGGGUGGAACAUAUCAAGUUCGUCGAUUUCUGUGGCAAAUACCGUAUUCCUUUGUUGCAGUAUUUAUGCUCCUCAAAAUGCGUUGCAGAUACAAGCUCGUCGGAUCCGGGCAGUGAGCCGAGCAGUAGCAUGAUGCGUAAAGUUUUACUCGGUUAGCUGGAGAUUAUGUUUCAAUGUCGAUGGUACAAAUGUUAGAGCUUAUCGCCAAAUAACGCCAUACACGGGUGGACAAUCAU